AUGCUUGACUGCUCACCACGUCAAGUCCCAAGAAACACACCUAGAACAUCGCACCUUUCCUCAUUCACGCUGCCAUCCUGCAUUGCUGCCUACGUGAUCAUGAACACUGACUACGAGAACUUCUUGUGCAUCUAUAGCUGUUCCGGAUACCACUUCGGCUAUUAUUCCGACUUCGCCUUCAUCUCCCGCUCGCCAAGUCUCGCUGACAGAUAUUACAGGCGUUGUGAAGCCGCCUUCAUGAACAUCAGCGUCGACCCCUCUCGCUUCACGAAGACAGCUCAGCGCACAUCCUACUCUCACAACACCUACAGGUCUUGGUAG